AUGAUUACCUCAAGCUAUCCAUACGCACACGCACCACCACCACCUAUCACUUACACACGACCACCACUACCCAUCACUUACACACCACUACCCAACACUUACAUACCACCACCCGGCACUUUUGCGCCGCCACCCAACACUUACACACCACCACCUAUCAACCACCCAGCUCGACCGUACCAGACCACACCGGGUGGCCUCGUGCAUCCGACGCCAUCCAGACGAACAAGAGCGAAGCAUGGGCCCAUCAAGGCGGAAAAAGCUUCGUAUGGGUAUACGUACGACGUUGAUACUGCGCGACCAAAGUUUGGUGAGCAGGCAGGGAUCAAGCAGGCAGGAUCAACGUACAGCCUUCGGAGGGACGACGGCACCCCUACCCCACCUCGUUGGACAGGUAUACCGGCAGGCUUGGGAGAAACGCCCCGAGCGGAUCUCAAGAGAAGGAGAGCGCAUGUUCAAUCUCCAAGCCCAGUAACCGAAAGGCACGAGAAUGACCGUCCCACGUUUGCGCGGCCAACCCCGUCCGGCGAGAUCCUUAACGCAGCUGCGCAAACAGCUGAAGUCAACAAGCAGCUCGAGCAACAACGCAAGCAUCGUAAAGACUAUCUCAACGAUGUCUGGCAACGACCGCACGAGCCGCCGGUCCAGCCAAACCGACCUGAAACAGCCGAGGGAACCGCGUCCCCAUCAUCCCAAAUAAUGACUCCUGCGAUGAUGCAGCAGCAAUUGACCGCCCAGCAAGCAUUCAUGCAUCGGCAGCAAGAACAAGCUAUGCUUGCCCAUCAGCAGGGCGGAUUAGUAUCUCAGGAACCCCUGGAAAACUUGAACCCGGAGCAAGCAAAACAGCUGCAAGCAAUGAGAGAUGGGCAGAAAGGGCCGUUCGUUGGUCUUCCUCCCCACUCGAUGCAACGAGACACCCGCCAGACCUCUGUGGAUGGAAGUCCCAACAUACCAGUACAGUCUAAGGGAAUGCAGCACGUCCACCCUGGGAUGGACGGCCCCACGAGCUCAUUCCCGCACCCAUCCAACUUUAACGGUCAACAAAUGACGCCUGUGCAGAUGGAAGCUGUGCGCGAUGGCCGGAUGCAAGGAAACUAUUGGCGUGGCGGGCCUCAGCCAGGUAUGAUGAGUCCAGGCGAUGGCUACUCCUACACCGACCCCGCGAGCAUGUACCGUGACACAGAGCCAGCCUGGCGGAGGCCACGUGCUGGCAGCUUGGAACGUGACUCUCGCCCCACCAGCAUGAUUGCGGAUCGCAGCCAGGACAUUGAUGGACCCAAAGCACCUGAGGUUAACGGUUUUCCCCGUGCGCAGAAGGAAACCAUGCGCAAGCUAAGCACCCAGCAAACGACACCUGCCGAUGUAUCCUCAGGAAGCGCCCGGACACAACGUAUUGACGAGUCUGAUAGUCGGUCUCCAGCAAUCGCCAAUGACCGGACGCUUUGCUCAGGGUACAGAUCUUUUCGCGGAGACCUAAAGUACACGAUCUCAGAAGACCGCACAACAGACGCUUGCAAGCGUCGUAAAGCGCAGUUUAUGGCUUUGGGGCAGCCUCUCAACCGACCCGCCAAAGUCGAGCCUGUCACCAGCCGUGGAGCGCAAAUUACAGCUCGGGAACAGCGCGAGGAUGGAUUCGAAAACAUUGAGGAGACCAGCAACCGAUCCGAUGAGUAUAUUCCGUCAGACAACGAUCUUGGGCAGCGGAACAUUGAAGUCUAUGCCAAAAGUCUAGCUCGUCAACACAGGAUAGCAAUGCGCGACACUUCUACAGUCCAGGAUGUGGACUCUGGCGUCUCAAUAGACAACUCUGACCAUCCCCCUCGGUCGCUGUUUACUCAGCAGAAAGCCGGAAAAAACCAGUUACGAAAUCGCGCGAGUGACCGGCACACUAGCCGUGAACUAUCACAAAGGGCGGAUUAUUUACGGGAACAACUAUCCAAUCCUGCUUUGAGAGCAACUGGCCCGCCAGGCUAUUCUCAUGAUCAUAGGUAUAAUCCUGUUGGACAUCUGCACAGACGAACGGACGCAGUGCCAAUGCAGCGCCCUCCUCGUUUUCUCUCCAAGCUUCAAGACACUACUCCCGAGAACCGAGACCCACGUAAGCUCUUGGAAGAGAUGCACAGGUUGCGCAGUAUAGUUAAAGCGUAA